AUCCACUUUUCUUUUUUGCUCGCCUUCCUCCUCCUCCGCACGCAGCGACCUUCUAGCCUUUUACUUCUGACCCUUUCUUGAGACAUGUCUCGCUCCACUCUUUCCGCUAUUCUGGCCGUCGCCGCUGCCUCUACCCUAGUUUUCGCCCAGCCUGACCCCGCUGACCCUACUCCUCUGGUGGACAAGCACUACGCUUACCCUUCAGGCAUCCCCUACCAAGUCGACUACAACACCGCCGCAAUUCGUGGUCCCCAAACUGGUUACAACAUCUGUAACUCCACCACUCAAAACCAGCAGUCCGAGUGUCAGACUUCUUUCGUAAACCACAUUGACGAUUUCUGUCUAUGGGCACCUGCCACACCCAACUCUACCAUCGCUGACACCGAAGCUGAGGAAGUCGCAUGGUGCACAAAGUCCGGUCACGGAACGCGUGUGAUUCCCGAGGGUGCUCUCCAGGCAGUGCAGUACCUGCGUACCCCUGAUUAUAUUCAGAUCACCGGUUUCUUCGACCAAACACAGCUCAAUAUGGCUGCUGGCGAUUACGGAGGAGAACUUGACCCUCACGGCGCCGACUUGCGUGGUAACCCUCUUGGUGGUCUCAUGUACUCGAACGCGUACCCCUCUAACAACACCGACAACAGCACCUACACUCAAAUUACUGACUGGACCAACUUCAUGGGUGGAAACGCUUUCUGCAUCAAGGUUUGUGACCCUACUGGCAGCAACCAACAAGGCUACUGCCAAAACAUCUACGAUCGUCUCGGUUGUGAAUACAACGCUCCCAGCAACGUCGUCAACGGUACCUUCGAAGUUUGUGAUGCUGAUGACAUGACCCCAGUUGGUGUUUAUGUGACCAACGGCGCCACCAUGACCUACACUCAGCCUGCCGAGUCUCUGGGUGCUAUCACCACUGUUCCCUACACUCCGGUUGUUCCUUCGUCGUCCAACUGUGUUCAAUACCAGUCUGCUCAGCUGUACUCCGGUGCACCCGCUCCUACCAGUGCUUCCUCCGUUCCUACCUCGUUGCCAUCUGGUGGUGCUGGUGGUUCCAACAGUGGUAAUGGAUCUCCUUCUGGAUCUGCCUCCCGCUCUGGAUCUGCUGCUGGCACCGGUGCUACUGGUACCAGCAACGGAGCAAACACUCUCGGUGUGUCUGCUGCCGCUAGUGUCGUUGGUGUGGUGUUUGCCAUGGCCUUUCUUUCGUAAGAAGGGGGGUUUUGCUGUACAGAUCUCAUCUAUACUUUAUACAAUUAUUGUUUCGCGUUACGACAGCAUGACAAGUGAAUUGUCGAAGGCUUCGGUACGGAUCUUGUCGAUUAGCUAGUAUGACCGCAUCUACGAAGUACUUUACAUCGCUACUUCAGGACUUCUACGAUGGACUAUUUUCCUAUUUUAAUUCACUUUGUUGAGUGUUGACCGCCCAUUAACAUUCGUUCCUGCUAUACCCUUCUUUGGAAUACCUUAGAUGAUAAUGUCUGUUUGUGAACUGGAUCUAGUAAGGUGACAGAAACACAUCUUACGUGCAA